CUGGGUGCUGGUGUGUGCUGCCAUGGAGCAUCAGCUGGACAAAGCUGCUGGCACAGCCCAGCACCCAGGUUUAGUGGCCCAGCGCCGGAGGGCUCCGCACCCCUCAACCAUGCAGAUGGUCAUCGAGGCGCUGCAGGCCAAGGACAGCAACAAGGGGGCCUCUGUUCCAGCCAUCACGAGGUUCAUCCUGGCCAAGUACCCCACUGUGGAUCCCACCCGCCUCAAGUACUGGGUGAAGGUGACGCUGAGCAAGGGGCUGAGCAGUGGGGACCUGGUGCGGCCCCGUAAAUCCACUGCCACAGGAGCUGCUGGAACCUUUAUGUUAGCCCCCAAGAUGCUCAAGCAGAAGAAGCUGCCAGGCCAGGCAGAUCCUGACAGAGGAGAACCCUCGAAGCCAGCCCAGCCUGACCAGGCGCUCAUGGCCCUGGGGUGCCCCAGCCCCAGGAGGGGCUCCUGCCUGGGCUCAUCCUCUGCCCAUCCUGCAGGGGCCGUGGAGGAAAAGCUGACAGCGGCGAAGCAGAAGUCGAAGACGAAGGCCACGAAGAACCCCCCACCGGCAGCAGCCAAGUCCAGGAGUGAUGGAGCGAAGCCCCCGCGAGCUGUCGGCCGCCCCCAGGGCUCUGGCAAGGGGCGUUCAGGGCCCUCCACGGCUCCAGGUGCUGAGGAGGCAGGAGGGGACAGCGGUGUCAGCGCUGCGGGCGCCAAGGCAAAGCGGCCACGGAAAACCCCAGUGGGAAAGAGCAAGAGGAAGGUGCCCAAUGGAGCCCAGCCAAGAGCGCCCGAUGGGUCCCAAGCAGGAGCUCCCGAGGGAGCCCAGCCAGAAGGGACCAAGGUGAAGGGGGCUGAAGGCAAGGUGAGGAAGCCCCGGGUGAAGACGGGAGCAGGCCAGGGGCAGGCCAGCCUGAAGAAGGCAGUGACUCUCCCAGAGGGCAAGAAGGCCCCAUAG